AUGUCUCGCCAUCGCAUUGUCCACACGUUUGAUGCGAACGAUAUCGUAUCUGAAUUUGACGGCGAUGACUACGAGGAGGAAGGGGAGGAAGAGCUCAGUCCAGAAGAUCGUCAAGCGAUGGACGAAGGAACCGCAGAAGUUCGAAGAGUUCUGGGAACCGAAGCGAACAAAGUCACAAAAACACAAAUCGAAGAAGCUUUGUGGCAUUAUUAUUACGAUAUCGACAAAUCAGUUACGUAUCUGAUGAAGACAUUUAUUGCCCCGGCACCUAAGCCAGCAAAGAAAGCACCAGAAGGUAUGUCAGUGUUUUUUUCUGCUUCGCAGCGCCUUACGGGAACUGGAGCAGACCAUGGGCGUCUGUCAAGCGAAUAUACUUCCGACAUGAGCCUUCCACCUGCCAACAAAGUUUCUGCGACUUUCUUCAGCGACAUGCCAUGGUUGAACGUGCCUCAGGAACGUCAAACUCUCUUCAUCGAACCUGAGCGCCCUCGUGGAGGCUUGCUAGGAGGAGGCGAAGGUCCCAAGAUGUCAAAGCUUCAGGCUCUCGCUGCUGCUAGGAAGAAGAGGACCGAAGAGAAGAAGGAGCAGGAAAAGGUCACCAAGGACGUCAGCAACCUUUCUAUUGCUGAGUCAGGAAAGGAGAACCGGGCGCCCCCCAGCCAGAGACGUCAAGCUCCGCCAGCCACAUCGCAGGACUUCGCUUCACAACAAGAAACGACAAUAGACCAUAAGCCUAUCGUGGAAGACAAAAAGCAGGAAGAUACAGCUUCUGGAUACAAAGAUCCAUUCCUAUUGGACGGGUUUCCAGAAGUUGAGGUUGUGUCUCAAGCUAAACCUUCCGCCUUUGCUCAGACGCUUUUUGGAUCUGCUCCGGCCAAAUCCCAGAGGCCCGAUGUUUUUGCCAUGCCUUACACUUCUUCUUCAAUUUUUGCCGCACAAGCUUUCGCCGAGCCAAGUCCAGACGAUGUUGUGCUAGCAGCUCAGGCGAAAGCGGGCAAACAACCAGCAGCCAAGGCCCCCAAGAAGCCCCAGAAAGAGAAGGGGAAGGAUGUUUCUGAAGCUGAGAAGAACGUCUCCGAGCUCAAGAUUGCUGAUGCGCCGCCGCCUAAGAGCAAGGGGCUCGAUGUUCUCAAAGAGUACGAAAACAGCUCCAAUAAGAGAAGUAUCAGUUUUGUUGUAGUCGGCCAUGUCGACGCUGGAAAAAGUACCCUAAUGGGUCGAUUAUUAUUGGAACUCAAAUUCGUUGAGAAGCAUACUAUUGAUCGGUAUCGAAAGCAGGCUGAAAAGUCUGGCAAGCAGUCUUUUGCCCUGGCAUGGGUAAUGGACCAGAGGAGUGAAGAGAGAGAAAGAGGUGUGACCAUUGACAUUGCAACAAAUCACUUCGAGACAGAGAAGACCAGCUUUACUGUCCUGGACGCACCUGGCCACCGCGAUUUUGUACCAAACAUGAUUGCAGGUGCUAGCCAAGCCGACUUUGCCAUCUUGGUUAUUGAUGCAAACACUGGAGCCUACGAGAAGGGCUUGAAGGGUCAGACUCGAGAGCAUGUGUUGCUCUUGCGAAGUUUGGGUGUCCAGAGACUCGUUAUUGCCGUCAAUAAGCUUGACAUGGUCGGCUGGUCACAGGAGCGUUAUGAUGAGAUUUCUCAACAAGUCAGUGGCUUCCUUACUGGUCUUGGAUUCACGUCCAAGAACGUCGAUUUCGUUCCGAUAUCCGGCCUCAACGGUGACAAUCUUGCCCGUCGAACAGAGGCCACUGCAGCAUCUUGGUACACUGGACCAACAUUGAUUGAAGCUUUGGAGAACUCGGAGCCGACAACAGCGCGAGCACUCAAAAGUCCAUUCAGGAUGGCCAUCUCGGAAGUAUUUAGAUCGCAACUUGGCACCACAACCAUCGCCGGUCGGGUUGACGCAGGUUCCUUUCAAAUCGGCGAUGCCCUGCUAGUUCAACCGAGUGGGGAGGAAGCAUACGUCAAGUCAAUCAUGGUGGACUCGGAUAUGCAAGACUGGGCUGUCGCUGGACAAAAUGUCAGUGUUGCUUUGAGUAACAUCGAUCCGAUCCACAUUCGAGUCGGCGACAUGCUCUGCCACACCAAGGACCCCAUCAACUGCAGUGAUAACUUCAUCAUGAAGGCUAUGGCUUUCGAGCAUCUGAUGCCUAUGCCUGUGGACCUGCAUCGCGGACGAUUACAUUCGGCUGGGCAGAUUGUAUCUAUAGCAGCAACACUGGACAAGGUUACUGGAGGUGUUGUCAAGAAGAAGCCUAGAGUUGUUCAACCGGGUGGUGUUGCGCGUGUAGCUGUCAAGUUGGCUGCCAAGGUUCCUCUUGAACGCGGACAAAGAGUCGUCAUACGCAGUGGAGGCCAAACCGUCGCUGCUGGAUUAUUGGAAUAG